GCAAACACAAGAGAACAAACUUCACUUUAAAUCUGCUCUGUACUUUAGCUUCCAUCUGAACACUGUGGGCACCAUGGAGAAAUCCAUCUGCACAUUAUUACUGCUAUUAUCUCUGCUAUCAACUCUCACUGUGCGUGUGCAAGGUUUUGCGCUGGCACCCAUUGAACUCGCUCCCAUCCCCUGUAAUGACAAAGCAGUGGAGAAACUGUCUCGUCUGGCUACCACUUACAUCAAUGAGGAUCGCACUGAUGGCUAUAAGUUUGCCCUCAACCGCAUUGCAAACGUCCACCUGCACGCUCAGGGCCCAGCGGGCAAUGUGUAUUACCUGGACCUGGAUGUCCUGGAGACCAAGUGUCACAUAGGCAGCCCGAAACCAUGGAAACGCUGUGACAUCCGACCGUUCAUGGAAACACAAAUCUCUGGUAACUGUAACACCACUAUUCUCCACACACCAGAGGGAUACUCCUACCUGUACAGCUACGACUGCACUCUUGUUCCAGACCCCCCAGAGAAGCUCCAGCAGACUUGCCCAGCCUGCCCCCUCCUGCUGCCUGUAGAAAGCCAACAGGCCAUGAAAGCUGCUCAGGUCACACUGGCAUCCUAUAAGAGGCAGUCCAGACUGGGUGCAGACCUCGGAGUGAAGAAGAUCACUAGAGCCUCAGCACAGGUUGUGCCGGUGAAAGCCAGCUUUGUGGAGUACACGGUCCAACAGUGUCCAGAGGGAGUGACAGAAAGAGGCACCUGCCAGCGAAUUACGCUCGACUCUGACACAGAGACUGCAGGUUUCUGUGCAGGAUCUGUGCAUGGAGACUUGAAUGUCCAUCCUGAUGUCCAGGUGUCCUGUGAGAUGUUCAAAGUACAGAAUGUGGACAUCCUCAGACCAGUGCAGCCUCAGGGCCUUGACCUCCCCGAGGACCCGGUGCUCCCAACCUACACCCCACCGAUCGAUGACCCAGGAAACGAUCCACAGCCCAUUCCUUCUGACCCCACACUGCCCCCUGCUGUUCAGCCGUUUGACCCCACGCCUGUUCGCCCUGUGCCCUUUGACCCCUCAGUUGCGGUAACCUCCACUCACUGCCUCAGCUCAUCUUCCAGUGAGUCUGCUGAAGGUCUGGUAAACCGGCAACAGCAACCACCAGUUGCUGGUCCUUUUGAUUCAUCCUCUGAAGAGAUAGGAGGCCCCGUGGCUUUGCGACCACCCUUCAACUUCCGCUAUCAGAGGCGUGACCGCAAGAAACGGCAGGCCCUGGUGGAGACGCCGCCCUCUCACAACCCCUUCUUCCUGUCUGAUUUCCCCAGUGGGGCCUCUCCUUUCCGCUCUUGUCCUGGUCCUUCUCGAUACACCACAGUUUAACUGGUGCUGCUCAGGAGUCCAUCUGUUCACAUCUAAUGAAUCCAGUGAGGGGGUAGACUGAACUAAAGUGUUCCACUCCCUGUCACUGGAGGCUUGCAUAAUUCGUGUUAAGAAGAAUGCUGCCUCUUUCCACUGGCCCUGAAAUUACCCACCGCCGCGGUAAUACUGUUCCCAAAGCAGCCAAAGUUUAUGUCAAAUGUAUUUUAAAAAGUCUUCAAAUAUUUGAAGAGUUUGAAUAAAUGUUGGUUUGCAUUCCCUGUCAUCUACUUGAAGAAGGUAUAUACUUAAAAUAGCAGUCUGACAAUACUUCCAGUAACUAUUUUGGUGUUAUAAAGCAAUAAAAUUUUGAUUUCACAGCU